GCAACUCCAUUCUAGUCACUACCGUUGGGAGGUUGCUUAUUCUGAGAGACACCCGGAGAGGUUUUCAGCAGAUAUACUUUCACCAAUAAAGACCUUGAUGAGAUGUCCUUUCAAUAAGCCUCCAGAGUCUCAAGAGUCAGCCUCUCGUCGAUCAGCAUUUUAUGGCACAUCCAAUUAAAGGGGUUUUAUAAGAUUAGAAAAAUGCUGUGUACUUAGAAUGGCAGUGGAACUGUUUCAGUCUUUGGCAUUGUGAGCUCUGUAUUUGAACUCCCAUGAUGGAUAGAGCCAACAUUGCUCAGGAUCUCCUCCACAGGCAGAUCAGGGAAAGACAAGCUGGAAGCUUUCAGAGACGGCAUCAUGUAACAGAUCCUUUAAUUCGUCGAUUGGGACUGGAGGCAGAGCUUCAGGGGCACUCUGGAUGUGUCAAUUGCCUUGAAUGGAACGAGAAGGGAGACUUGUUGGCCUCUGGCUCAGAUGAUCAGCACAUGAUGCUGUGGGAUCCUUUUCGGCACAAGAAGCUGCUGUCUAUGCACACAGGUCACACUGCCAACAUCUUUUCCGUUAAGUUUCUCCCCCACACUGAAGAUCGCAUCUUGAUUACUGGAGCUGCAGAUGCCAAGGUUCAUGUCCAUGACAUUAACUCAAAGGAAACGCUCCAUGUUUUUUCUGAACACACUAACCGAGUGAAGAGAGUUGCCACAGCCCCUAUGUGGCCAAACACUUUUUGGAGUGCAGCAGAAGAUGGCUUGAUCCGGCAGUAUGAUUUAAGGGAAAGUAGCACCCACUCUGAUGUCUUGAUUGAUUUAACGGAAUACUGUGGGCAGCUGGUGGAGGCAAAAUGCGUAAGCAUCAGCCCCCAGGAUAACAACUGCUUAGCUGUAGGAGCCAGUGGACCUUUUGUGAGACUGUAUGAUAUCCGGAUGAUCCACAGUCACCGAAAGAAUCUCCAGACGGCACAAUCUGGACUGCACACUUUUUGCUCAAGACAGAAACCCAUUCCAGAGGGAGCAGCACAGUAUUAUGUGGCAGGCCACCUUCCAGUCAAGCUGCCCGAUUACAAUAACAGAUUGCGUGUCUUGGUGGCAACAUACGUAACUUUCAGUCCUGAUGGCACUGAGCUGCUUGUCAACAUGGGAGGGGAGCAGGUAUACCUCUUUGACUUAACUUUCAAGCAAAGACCUUGUACAUUCCUGCUUCCUAAAUCUCAUCAUACACCUGGAGAAGUCCAGAAUGGUAAGACCUCAACCAAUGGACUUCGUCUUCACAGUAACGGAAUCCGUGUGAGCGAUGCCAAGAGCAUGGUUGGGUCAACAAAUGAGCUUCCUCCACAUCUGGAAAAGGUAAAGCAAAAAGCAAAUGAUGCUUUUGCUCGGCAGCAGUGGAGCCAGGCAAUUGAACUUUAUAGCCAUGCAAUGCAGAGGGCACCUCGUAGUGCUAUGUUGUUUGGAAAUCGGGCCGCAGCAUACAUGAAGCGGAAGUGGGAUGGGGAUCACUAUGAUGCAUUGAGAGAUUGCCUGCAAGCACUGGCACUGAACCCAGCCCAUUUGAAAGCACACUUUCGUCUGGCACGCUGCCUGUUUGAGCUGCGAUAUGUCUCUGAAGCACUGGAUUGUUUGGAGGAAUUUAAGACAAAGUUUCCAGAACAAGCCCAAAGCAGUGCAUGUGAUGCUCUGGACAGAGACAUAAGGGUUGCCUUGUUCUCCAAAAAUGAAAAUCAAGAUGAUAAGAAGGGGGGCUCUGUUCGCCUGCGAUCUGGAGGCAGGAAGGAUUCACUCUCAGAAGAUGAGCUGCUGCUUAGAGAAAGAAGCUUGGAUUAUAAACAUAGAUAUUGUGGUCACUGUAACACCACUACAGACAUAAAAGAAGCCAGCUUUAUGGGAAGUAAUGCACAGUACAUAGUAAGUGGAUCAGAUGAUGGCUCAUUCUUUAUUUGGGAGAAGGAGACUCGUGCUCUCAUCCGGGUCCUGCAAGGAGAUGAGUCCAUAGUUAACUGUCUGCAACCACAUCCAAACUACUGCUUCUUGGCCACAAGUGGUAUUGACCCUGUUGUGAGACUAUGGAGCCCACGUUCUGAGAAUGAAGGGCCAGACAGACGAGUAGUACAGGACAUGGAGAGCGCUUGUCAAGCUAACCAAAGAAGAAUGAAUGCUGACCCACUGGAAGUAAUGCUUCUGAACAUGGGUUACAGAAUUACAGGACUGAGCGGAGGAGGUCCAGCAUCUGGAGGCUCAGAUGAUGAGGAUUCUUCAGAGGGACAAGUGCAGUGCCGGACCAGCUAACCUUAACAAGAGGGAUGGGUGUGAGAUAUGGGGUAUACACACCUUUAUAAAGACAAGCUUGACCAUAUUUUAAUGGCCAUGCAUCUUGCUUUAAAAAAAAUUCUGUGUAGACCAAUGUACCUCAUAAUGACAAUGGUAGAUGUGGAAGUACAGAAUCCAUCCUUCCACGUCAACAUCACCAACACAACAACCAGGCAUUGCGUCACCUCAAGCUCCUAAAAUUAAUUGGAUGCUGAUCACUGCACAACCCAUCCUCUUAUGUUUUCACAGGGGUAAUGAUUUAAAAUGACACUAAAAAAAGGCUAUAAUGCCGGUGUGCGCUAUUUUUCUGGAUUCCCAGCAUUUUUUUCAAGAUUUACAAGUUGGACUAAACCUGCAUAAAAUGAAGAGUUACUAUGAAUGCUUGAGGCAGCUAACAGAAUGAUAGAAAUCACUAUAACCGCUAUGACCUAAAGGGAGUCUGUCACCAACGACAUUCCUAUGUAACCAACCCCAGUGCCGAAUAGGUGUUGCUCACCUGAUUACUCUUCCCCCAGACUGUUGAUUGCGCUGGUGGUUUUCAGAUGGGCAAAUGUGUAGUGCACUCAUUUCUUCCAGGCAGAGACUUGGGGCUGCAUUGCUCAUGUGCCAAUGUGAAGACAGUGGGGUGGGAUUACGUACCUACUACCAGGCCCUGUCCAUCAACGAUCUGAGUGAGGGGCUGGGCAGAGAAAGGAGCUUAGGUGCAACAAGAGCAACGCUUUAUAGACUAAACACCUAAUAUGUAUAUUGAUAAAAAGUGCAUGGUAGCCACAGAGCAACAAAACAAGAGUGAGCAAUACCCAUUUGACACUGGGCUUGGUUACAUAGGGAAUGUUGUUGGUGACAGAUUCCCUUUUAAGAUAAUUUAGUAGGGUUUAGAAUACUUGCCAUGGGAAUACAUUUUCAGCUUGUCAAAAUGGUUAAACGCAGAAGUAUGGUAGGCCUUUAUUUUUUCUAGAUUUCACCAUCUAGAAGUUUGGUCUGUAGAUAUUAUGCCUAGUUUUUAACUAAUGUGAAGACCUCUUUUGGCGGUCUAGAAUGUUGCCUAGACUGAAGUAGUUGGCUUAUUACUAUAGGUUCAGAAUAAGGCUGCCCUGUUUGACCUCUCACUACUUUGAGAGUUUUUUGUUUUUUUGCUGCCAGCACCAUUUCUCCUCAACAUCUGAUUUUUUUAAUGGGGAAGCUGUCUUUGCCUCAUGAGUGACUCUGCUCAAUUUGUAUUUGAUGUAAAUCUACAAAUAAAAAAAAUCUUUAUUUCUGAGCAGAA